AGUGUAGUCUAGCACAGACCUAACAGGAAGACCUGGUGGUGGGGACAAGCAUGCAUGCAGUAAACAAGGUGUGCACUUAAGCAGCUUAUCAACAGAGUACACAGUAUAGUGCAUCUAGCUAUAGAGAGACAUUAAACACAAUGUGGAAAGAGCUGCUGCUGUUAGCAUCACUACAAUGCAUUGGAUCAGUAGCAGAGCUGGUUGCUAACAGGACUUUACUGGCUGUCCCUUUCCUCUUCCCCUGGCUCAAUAACUGUAGGCAGCACUAUCCCCCUGGCAACACCAACCAGUACAGGUUCUUCUACACCUCACAGAUCACCAACAGCCCCACAUACGCUGAGCUAUACACAGUGAACAUACCUCAAACUAACAACGCUCAAUGCAAGAUACACUCCCAAAUCAAAAAAAUACUAACUUUUGGCAAUUCUGGAAGCUAUUUCCGUGAAACAAUAUUUAUUACUACUGAUGAACAAAACGAAUUCUGCAAGGACAGAGAUUCAAUGUGCUACCAAUGUGAGAAUAAUGUUAAGAAUCUGAUAGGGGAAUUUACGUCCAACCCCAGCUUGUCUCUGAUAGCACAGCUGUUUGGUGACUACUUCAACCACUUCCUCGCCAUCUACCCCGUGUCAGGUACCGAGGGGGAGGAGAGCGUGUACACGUACAAGGUGUUGUUUGGGUCACCACGGGAUGGCACGAUGGAUGGACUAGUCAUUGAGGUAAUCUACUCACACACAAACAUCACUGUAUACAAUGCCAGUGGUGCCAUUGCACUGAGAGAUGGUACAGAGCUCUAUCAGCUGAGCGGCCCCUUUGAGCUGACAAACCAAUGCAAGAGCACAGUUCUCUGGAUGGAGCCUAGAGCUGCCAGUGAUUGUAGCCACACAAGUCUAGAGCAUGCAGUCAUAGUGUCCAGCAAGCCAGUAAAAGUGUUCACAAACCAAGUAUGUUGCAACAACAAGAGCAGACACUUCAAUUACCACUCUCAACUAGUUCAUGAAAUACCCCUACCCAGUAAAUAUGGACAACGCUUUAUAGUAGACGCUCUACAGGCACAGAUAUUGCCAGAGGCAGUUAGAAACAAUUUGGAAUACGAUUUGUCGAUUUUAUCUUCUCAAGAAAACACGGACAUCAAAGUGACGUAUUACAAUCAAUCAGUUGCUAUAGUUACUGAACAGUACUAUUCAACUAAGGAUGCUCUACAUGUACGAAAAACGUAUAAUUUCCUACCGACCAUCACCCAUCUUGACAUCAGUGCAACAGAUCCAAUACUAGUGGUUCUCACCAUCCACAGUCGAUCCCCUGAGGCAAUCUACUACUCUUUAGUUGUCCAACCAGUCCGUUGGUUCUCAAACAUUCAGACCGUGGCCGUGGCGAGCGUCAACGAGUCCAGCCAAUCAGAAUGCAGUUAUCACGUCAGUGUGGUAGUUCCAACAAACCAUAGCAAUCCACAAGACAUAAUGAUAUCCGAGGCACACAACUUUACCAACAGUACACCGCUCAGCUCUUACAGUGGCCUCAGGGGUUUCACUAAUGGUGGAGAUUUUAAGCUCUUCUAUUUCACACGAAACAACUACACAGAUACACACUUAUUAGUAUGGCACAAUGAUCCAUACGUGGACAUUGGGGCAACAGUGUUUGCCUACUGUACUCACAAACAUUACGCUUACAGCAAUGGCUGCAUUUCAGAUAACUCUCCCCGAGACCUGUCCCGCAUUCCCCCUGACCACACCCCCUCCCCGGUGGACAGCAGAGUGAUCGUGGCCGUCCUAGCUGUGCUCCUAGUGACCACCAUUGCCACACUGAGUGUCAUUUGCUAUUGCCGGAGACGGAAAAACAAGGGAACGUAUCGAGUAAGAAACGACGACUAUGUACCCGUGCUUGUAUCAGAGGAACCGGGAAGAGAUUACGAUUACGAUGUGUUCAUACUGUUCUCUGAAGAGGAUGAGGAUUUUGUACGUGCCUUUGUGUACGAGCCAUUGCGUAGGCGGAACUACAAGAUACUGUGGAGGGACGACCAGUCACAUGACCUGUUUCAUGCCGGGGGUGACGUGGUGGCGGACCUAGCUACGGCCAUUCAGAUGAGCAGGAAAAUCAUUGUAGUAUGUACACGCUAUCUAUCUCUGAGAGGGGCCUUCGAUAGAGAUGUGACUUUCUUCAAGGAUGUUCAAAAGAGUGAGAGAAAGAGAAGGUUAAUACCAUUUGUAAUCGAGGGAGAAUACGUGUCCCAGCAGUUCAAGGACUACAAUCAGAUAAGAGUGGGUCACCGUGGCGACCUGAAUGAUCGUGACACAGCUGAUGAGUUGCUGCAGAGACUGGUCAACAGUAUAGGAGAACCAAUCGACACCUCAGUGGAGAGUCUAAUCUUCCUAUAAACAGAACUAGCUACAAACUCCCAUUGUUACGUAUAUGACAUAGCUACCGUAGUGCUAAAAAUUAUUUUAAGGCCAUGAAAACAUUAUUACUUACAUGUAUGCUAUUCUUUGAUU